AUGGUAGAGAGGAGGUUGUGGACACAAGAUGAAGAAGACAGUGAACUAGUUGGUUCUGAUUACCACGGCGCCAGUGGCUUGUUGCUGACCCUACCUGAUCCAUGGCACUUGCUAGCUGCUGAAGAGGAAGAGAAUUGGUACAGGAAUGCAACCCUGUUACAUCAAUAUAGCGACGCUGUUAAAUGUCGUGUGUUCCUGAAUACUUUAUCGGGUUCUGCCCAAAAAUGGUUUGAUGGACUGCCACAUUGGUCCAUCACCUGUUUUGCUGACUUCAAGAGUGUCUUCCUGCGUCACUUCGCCAGCAGCAGGAAAUAUCAAGAGACAUAUCACUGUUUGUUUGCCCUCAAGCAGGGAUCUGCGGAGCCAUUGAGAAGCUAUAUUAAGCGCUUCAAUCAGGUGGCUCAAGAUGUUCCUUCAGCCACAUCCGAAAUACCAAUGAGCAUCUUCUCCCAUGGGUUAACUGAAGGAGAGUUCUUUAGGGGUCUCAUUAGGAAUCCCGUACAGAAUUUCGAUGAGAUGUUGGAAAAAGCGGCCAGCUAUAUCAAUGUGGAAGAAGCACAGGUGGCGCGAAAGAAGGCAGACAAACUGCCUCCCGCAACAAAUCGGCCAGAGAGAAGAGUACCUCCGCUGUCUGCUCAGCCUCUCCCUCGUGCUCGGGAUGCUCGACCCACUUUCCACCCCGGUCAGGAUACCCGGCCGGUGCCACGGGUAGCUGCAGUUCAUGUCCCUCGACCUGGUCCUUGGGGACCACGCUAUUGCACGUACCACCGAUCCCACACGCACGCCACCAAUAACUACUACUAA